CGCACACGGAGUCUGACCUGAUGCAGACGCAAGGGGGUUAAUAUGAACGCCCCUCUCGGUGGAAUCUGGCCCUGGCUCCCCCUGCUCUUGACCUGGCUCACCCCUGAGGUCAGCUCUUCAUGGUGGUACAUGAGAGCUACAGGCGGCUCCUCCAGGGUGAUGUGUGACAAUGUGCCAGGCCUGGUAAGCCGCCAGCGGCAGCUGUGCCACCGGCACCCGGACGUGAUGCGUGCCAUCGGCCUGGGUGUGGCCGAGUGGACUGCAGAGUGUCAACACCAGUUCCGCCAGCACCGAUGGAACUGCAACACCCUGGACAGGGACCACAGCCUUUUCGGCAGGGUCCUGCUCCGAAGUAGUCGGGAAUCUGCCUUUGUUUAUGCCGUCUCCUCAGCGGGAGUUGUGUUUGCCAUCACCAGGGCCUGUAGCCAAGGAGAAUUAAAAUCCUGUUCCUGUGAUCCAAAGAAGAAGGGAACUGCCAAGGACAGCAAGGGCAAUUUCGACUGGGGUGGCUGCAGUGAUAACAUUGACUAUGGGAUCAAAUUUGCCCGAGCAUUUGUGGAUGCCAAGGAAAGGAAAGGAAAGGAUGCCAGAGCCCUGAUGAACCUUCACAACAACAGAGCCGGCAGGAAGGCGGUAAAGCGGUUCUUGAAACAGGAAUGCAAGUGUCACGGUGUGAGUGGCUCGUGUACUCUGAGGACGUGCUGGCUGGCCAUGGCCGACUUCAGAAAAACGGGCGAUUACCUCUGGAGGAAGUACAACGGGGCCAUCCAGGUUGUCAUGAACCAGGAUGGCACUGGUUUCACUGUGGCUAACAAGAGGUUUAAGAAGCCAACAAAAAAUGACCUCGUGUAUUUUGAGAAUUCUCCAGACUAUUGUAUCAGGGACCGAGAUGCGGGCUCUUUGGGUACAGCAGGCCGUGUAUGCAACCUGACUUCCCGGGGCAUGGACAGCUGUGAGGUCAUGUGCUGCGGGAGAGGCUACGACACCUCCCACAUCACCCGGAUGACCAAGUGCGAGUGUAAGUUCCACUGGUGCUGUGCCGUGCGCUGUCAGGACUGUCUGGAGGCCCUGGACGUGCACACAUGCAAGGCCCCUAAGAGCGUCGACUGGGCGGCUCCCACAUGACCCCAGAGGAGGUCGCCAUUCACCUUCCCUCCUACAAGGACUCCAUUGGAUCUGCAAGGACACUGGGCCUUUGGGUCUUCUCGAGGAGAUAUUUCCUAAGGCAUGUGACCUUUGUUUCAACAAAAGUCCUUCUUCUCCCCUCGAGGGGGCCCCAGGGCUGGGGCCACAUGUUGUGCACAAAGCAUGCCUUAUUCUCUCCGCCUUUGAGCAUUCUGGGGCACAUCUCCUCCUGGUCAGGACAGACUGCUAGGAGGGGAGGGGCCAGCCACACCCUGUCUCCACCCACUUAGAUGUGUCCUCUUUCCAGAGGGGCUAGCCAGAGGGGAAAAGAAUGUCCCAAAGGAGCUUUCUUUGUGUCUCCCAAUAAAUGCUCAUAGUUACGAAAUUCCUUACUUCUCUCAGGAGGGUAAAGACAGCAGGACCAACUGCCACUGAACUAACUUCAAAUUCUGAAAAGACCAAGCAAGGCUUUUGCCUGAUCAAGUGAUUUUCACAGCCACCAUGUCCAGGGGUAAUUGAUAGUUGCCCAGAGAAAGAUGGCUUUCGAUGAACUUUAGGUUUAAAAUGCAUAUUUUUCAAAGCACUCAUUGCCAUAUUGAAAUUUGAUGUGACAAGAUGGGACUGUUAUCCUUUGGUACAGUUUUGGAAUCUUUACAAUAGCAAGAGCCUCAGAAAGUCAUUGCUUUGCAUUACUGUCACCUUAAUAUAAAGAAGCUUUAGGGAUCUCAUUUAGGAUCUGAAGGGAAUUUAAAAGAAAGAAUGAUGAUCUGGCAGUAUUCUGACCUACCAGGGGAAGAUGGAGGAGAAUAACAGCGAACGAAAAUCAGAAAACAUGUCUGUACAGAUAGGGAGAAAAGGAGGAAUAAAAUUUCUAUCUGGUGUGGUGAUUGUGACCCAUGGAAUUCUGUAGCUGAAAUCGCCUUGGGAAUGAUAACUUUCGGGGUGACAAGACUAGGGAACCAACAUGCUGACAGAGAGGUUUCCAGAGGUAAGUCAUGACUACAAGGCCUUCACCAUGAGCAGAGGCCCGAAAGAGGCCAGCCACGUGUGCCAAGGAGCAUCAGCUUAUUCCCAUCGCCCUUCAAGCACAUUUUAAAGACCCGUCAUAUUUAAUUGUGUUCAUCUGAGACUGACAAGAUGACAAGGUAACCAUAGCCACAAGCAAAUGACACAUAGCCUUGUUUAUAAAGUUGGUAAACCUAGUAUAUUAUAUUGAAACAAAUAGUAAU